AUGGAUAAAACAACAACAACAACAACACCAGCAGCAUCAACUACAACUACAUCGACACCAGCAUCAACAGCAUCAACUACAACAACACCAGCAGCAGCACCAACAACAACAACAGCAACAACAUCAUCUUCUUCAAAUACUACUACAGUCAAUUCAGCCAAUACAAAUACAUCAUCGACAACAAUGUCUUCACAGCAGCAACAAUCAUCAUCAUCAUCAUCAUCAUCAUCAACAAGCAAUAGUAGUAAUAUAAAUGGUACAUCAAGUAAUAAUACAGGUACAUCAACAGCUACAAGCAAUGGAAAUACACAACAAUUACAACAACAAGAUGCAGUAAAGACAUUCGAACAUCUAUUGAGAAAAUCACAGCGUUUAUUUGUUGGUUUACGUGACCUUCCUCAAUUCGGUAGACAAUGGCAACCUUUCUUUCAAAAGACAUUUGAAUUAUAUACAAAACUUUGGAAACAUCAACAAUUAUAUAGAUCAAUUUUAGAAGAUAAAACAAAAUAUGGUUUAAAGAGAUGUGAAAUCGGUGAAAUUGCAUCAAAGAUAGGACAGUUAUAUUAUCACUAUUAUUUAAGAACAAGUGAUACAAACUAUUUAAAUGAAUCAUAUAUAUUCUAUGAAGCAAUUAGAUUAAGAUCAUACUUUAAAGAUGUUUCUUCCGAUACUAAAAUGCCAGAUAUGAUGGUAAAACAACUUAGAUACUAUGCCAGAUUCAUUGUGGAGAUCUUCUCAUUCCUACAGGCCGAUCAAUGCCUCUCUUUCACCGACAACAACAACAACAACCAACACGUUCAACUCUCACACCGGCUAUCGGCAUCAUUACAACAGCAAUUAAUACAAUUAGCUACAACAUCACCAUCAUCAACAUCAUCAACAUCUUCAUCCACAAGCAACAACAACAACAACAAUAAUAAUAAUAAUAAUACAACCGACUCAUCUACAUCGACACAAAUAUUACAACAAGCCAUUCUAGUUGGUAAUCAUCAGAAUCAAAUUAAAUUCAGUGAGAUUACACUCGAUAUGUUUAGAAUGACACAAUCAUUAGAAUAUGAAACACCUGAACUUAAAGAUCCAUCCGAUAAACAACAACAACCAUCACAGGAUCAUAAACUAGCUGAUAUUACAUCAACUGGAACAUCAUCAUCAUCAAAGAAGAAGAACCCACAUAAAUAUCUACUUUACAGACCAACCAUUACACAACUAUUAUUAUUCCUUUCGAAUGCAUCAAAAGAAUUAGGAGAGAAUAAAGCAUUAUUAUUAUAUCUCUCUGUCGAUGGUGUAAAGAAUAGUCAAGAAUCCAAUGAUAGCACCUAUGCAAAUGCAUUGUUGAUGAACUCACAGAAAUCGAUGACAACAACUACAUCUCCAACUCCACAGAAAUCAUCUCCUACCUCUACUGCUUCUUCUUCAGUUAAUAAAACAGAUGAUCAUAAUAAUAAUUCAACUGAUAAAACCAAUAAUAAUAAUAAUAAUAAUAACAAUCAACAUAAUAAUUGUAGUAUCAAUACGGAUGGUGUUAAGAUGGAAGCAUUAUAUCCAAUGGAUCUGAUGCCUUUCUGUAGAAAACCAUUCUUUUUAAUUAUUGACUCACAAUGCAGCAACAUUUUCAAAGAUAUAACUCCACCAUUCAACCAACCAUUCAUCUCAUUACUCUCACCAUUGGCAACUCCAAAGAAUAUCGCUAAAGAGUCUGUCAAACUAUCAGUCGAUAGUUCAGUCGGCAAUGGUCAACAUAGCCAAACUCUUAUGUAUCAGGUAUCUAGUAAUCCAUCUAUUCCUUCAAAUAUACUACUACAUCAAAGUGUUUUAAACUCUGUGAUACAAUUGGCAACAGCACUCAAUUGCUCAGAACAGUUCAAUGUUAAUGCAAAUGAUAUUCCACUACAAAACCUAUCAAUUGAUAAUAAUAAUUAA